AUGAUCGGAACAAUACAUCCAUUGGUUCAUGCUCGCAAGUUCAUUCUCAAUACUGUAGAUCCUAAUACCAAUAAAGAAAGGUUGAUCGGACGAAUAAAUUUGUCAGCAUAUGACGCGAAGUUUUCUCAUUAA